AUGCGUACUUCAACUUUGGCCACCCUCGCUUUGGGCGCAGGUGCUGCUUCCGCAGCGUCUGUCAAAAGGCAAAGCAGUCUGCCCACCGUAUCGGUGAAGGGAAAUGCCUUCUUUGCGGGCAAUGACCGAUUUUACAUUCGUGGUGUCGACUAUCAACCUGGCGGUUCCUCUGACGUGGCAGAUCCCAUCGCCGACGAGAACGGGUGCCAGAGAGACAUUCCUGAAUUCAAAAAGCUGGGCAUCAACGCUAUCCGAGUCUAUACUGUUGAUAAUACCGCAUCUCAUGACGCAUGCAUGAAUGCUCUGGCGGAUGCUGGCAUCUACCUUAUCUUGGACGUCAACACCCCCAAGUACUCGCUGAACCGAGCCGACCCUGGCCCAUCCUACAAUGAUGUGUAUCUUCAGAGCAUCUUUGCCACGAUUGACGCCUUCCAAGGCUAUAGCAACACCUUGGCUUUCUUCUCUGGGAAUGAAGUCAUCAACGACCCUGAGACCUCCGCGGCUGCGCCAUAUGUCAAGGCUGUCACUCGUGACAUCAGACAGUACAUCCGCAACCGGGGCUACAGAACAAUUCCUGUGGGCUACUCUGCCGCUGAUGUGGCCGAAAACCGUCUGGAAAUGGCAGAAUACAUGAACUGUGGCACGGACGAUGAACGCUCGGAUUUCUUUGCUUUCAACGACUACUCCUGGUGUGAUCCUUCGUCCUUCACCAUCUCAGGCUGGGACCAAAAGGUCAAGAACUUUACCGGCUAUGGUAUUCCCAUCUUUCUCUCUGAAUAUGGUUGCAACACCAACACUCGGGACUUCGGUGAAGUUGUGGCUCUCUACAGCGACCAGAUGACCCCUGUUUACUCUGGAGGUUUGGUGUACGAAUAUUCUCAGGAGCCGAGCAACUACGGCCUUGUUGAAAUCAAUGGCGACUCUGUGUCUGAGUUGCCCGAUUUCGGUGUGCUCCAAAAACAAUACGCCAACACUCCCAAUCCGCAAGGUGAUGGCGGCUAUAACUCGACCGGUGGUGCAUCUGGCUGCCCUGCUUACUCGUCGCCCAACUGGCUUGUCAAGGAUGAUUCUCUUCCUGCCAUCCCUGACGGUGCGAAGAAGUAUAUGACUGAAGGCGCCGGCACUGGACCCGGUCUUUCUGGUCCUGGCUCCCAGAAUGCCGGUGGUGCUUCUACUGGAACCGCCACCGCAGGCAGUGGGGCUCCUUCUCAAACUGGAAGCUCUGGGAGCACUGGCACCAGUAACGCGGCCGCUUCCGUGAUGACUCCCGAGUGGUCAGUUGCUCCUUUGGUCUGCGGUGCUCUCGUGGCCAUGUUCACACUCUUUGGCGCUACGUUGUUGUAA